GCAGAAAAACGUAUCCAAAGUGCUACAGCAAAGCUGACUUCAGCUUUUAGUGUAUACAAUUAUAUUAUUAUUUUUAUUUAAAAAUGCAUGUAAAUAGUGUGUGGUGAUUGGUCCGAAAGUUGUGUGAAACGAUGAACGAUGAGUGUCUCAAAUCAAGAAGAAAAAAGCGACAGCAUCGACGAUGGAUUGCAAGAUUUGGGAAUACCAGUGCCGUUACAAACAUACUUAUGGGGUCAAAUAGCACCAUUUAUUCGUCCAAAAUUAGGAAAAUUACACGAAGCCGCAUGCAUGUUUUGCCAACACGCGCCCGGCCACUACGAACUCAAAGAAGCGUGUAAAUCAAUUGAAAAAGUUUUAGUGCAAAAUAUCCAUUUUGGUCUAUCGGUACCGUUGCAACAAGCACUUGAAUCGGUUGACCGAUGGCGAGUAGUACAAGCAGCACUGCCACACGUGAUGCAUUGCGCUGCUGCUUUACUCCAUAAUCGCGUCAAAGAUUUGCAAAUGCUUGGUCCGGCCGAAACAAAAUUGUUGUAUACAUUGCAUUGGAUAUUGUUGUUUGCAUCGGCCGAAUGUGCUGAUGAGGAGGUCGAUGCAAAAAAUGAAGCUCGCUCACAUCUAUUUUCAAUUCCGACCAUUUCGUUAUUUGUUUAUUUAUUUGCACCGAUUGUGCACCAUUUGAAAGAAUCGGACUUUCAAAAUUAUCGCCUAGAAAAUGGAAUUAAAUUAUGGCAUGGAAUGUGGGAAUUUUCAUCACCACAGGGUGCACCGUGCUUUGGAUCGGCUGUUAAACCAAAGGCAAGACAACUUUUAAACAGCCUACUCAGUCCACGUGAAUCAUUAGAUGCCUACUGUCCAAAUCAUUCACCAAAAAGUUUGGCAAUUUACGAGCUACCAAAACAUGAAGAAGAGACUGCUUGGGUUUCAUCGCCAAAAGAUAGCGUUUUUCCCGAAACAAUUCCUGAAGAAGCAUCAAGCAUAGAAGAAGAACGUGUUGUCAUUUUUCGCAUACCAAAUAAGACACAGCCUUCAUUUUAUACAGCUGAUGCAAGUAUGCUCCAACAAAGUCACGAUAAUAUUUUGAAACUGGAUGGUGACCGUUUUAAUUUUGAUAAAAUCCAACGAUUUGCGAGAAGUGAAGGUUCUUCAACGGAUCAAGAUUCGGAUGAGGAGAGCAAAUCAUCACACAAAAAUAUGAGAUUCGACACCGUUGCGGCCACUUUUCUAGAUGUUGGCGUUUUACGUUGUUUAUUUAUAUUGCAUUGGCAAGAAGAAGGUGUCUAUUGGUGCUUACAUUAUAUUUAUAAUAGGCUUCGUAAGAUAAGUGAAGAAGUGUCUGUGCCAAUUUUACAAACUCGACGACGGUCGAAUUCAUUGCCUAUACCCCAAAUUGAAAUAUCUGUUUACCAAGGAACGAAUAGCAAUAGUCGUGAUAGUCCAAGUGGAAACACGUUAAAAGAUUUUAUUGAAGUUCCUGAACAAAUGGCGCCGAAUACAUUGAACGACUGCAGUGAAACUACUGAUUCAAAAGGUCAACAUUUGGAAAAGGUUACCGGAACCAUUGAACGGCGUGCAAACAGCGAACGAAAACGAAAUGUUAAAAUUGCCAGCUUCAAAUCGCUCAUCGAAUCAAAAAUAUUUUCAAAAUCCGAAAAAGAAUUGGAACGAAUUGGUUUGAGCAAAAAACAUGCAAACGAUACAACAUCAUGCAUCUCACAAGACGAAACAGAUGCGGAUCAAUUAUUGGGCAAUACAUUGCGACAUGAUAAAAAGAUGCUUUCACGAUCAGCAUCGGUGAUAUCAACCAAAACUGUAACGAAUUUAGUUAAAGGGAAGAGUAUGCCAAGUUUGACAUGCAAAUAUGUGGAAAAUUCCACGGUAAUUCGGUGUUCACAAUCGUCCGGUCCGCGCACAUCAUUUUAUUCAAAAAAUCCUAUAAUUACGGUGACUGAGCAUACGCCGGUUCCAUCGCCCGAAUAUAUGCGUCGUCAAGGUUCAUACGAUUCCCAAUUGGAAAUAAUCAGUCAAUCGGGUAGUCAAAUUGGAUUUCGAUCACAUAUGUUGCGUUCGCACACCGAUUCUCAUAUUGAUUACAGCGGUGCCGAUGAAUCAGAAGCGCCCGGUUCCGCAUUUUAUAUAACACGCGAGGGAUCAAUCAAUUACGAAGUGGUUUUGCUUGCCGUGUACAUGGUAUUCAAACGAGAAUCGAACACUUGUUCAUUGCGGGUGUUAGAAACUGGUUUGAAUAUUACGGAAGUGUUAUUGGAUCUGGGUGUGGUAAAAACCAGCGAACAUGCUCAUCAUUUGGUUAUGGGAAUUAUAAAGCGAACUUGGCUUCAUUUGGGAUGCCCACACGGAUGUAACGAAGGUAUUCGCGGUCCACCGGCCGAAUUUUUACGCACACAAUGUCAAUCGAUUUUAUCACGAAUGUUGCGACAAGAGCCAUCCAACACACGACAAUAUCUACGAAAAAUGAUCAAAACCACACAAUUACAUGAACUUGUUGAAUUUUUCCAUGCAUUUGUUGGUUUUUGCGUCGAUCCAUCUUCACUUCUUUCACCGCUGAGUCACAAGCGACAUUCGGCGUUCAAAACUCUAAAUCCCGAUAUAAAUAAUAUGGCAAACAAUUAUGCAACAAAUUUUGGCGGUGGUGCCAAUAAUGGAACUGAGGCUCAAGUAAUUGCGGCUGUUUUCAAAUCAUUAGUGACACGAUGUGUUCAAUCGUUUAAAGAAUUGAAAUGUCAAGACAAUAUAGCACUUUAUUCUGAUGUUAGACAAUUAAUUACGUAUAUAAAAAAUGCACAUGGCGGCACAUUUCGACGUGUCGCAUUAAGCGGCUCGAUAGACGUAACGCCAAAACCGCAUAAAAAAGCAUACGAUUUACAAACGACUCGUGUCAUCAGACAUAUUCAACAUAGUGACGCCUCGUCGUAUCAACAAGAUGAUAAAUUUCAACGGAAAUUAUUCUUCAAAAAACGUAGCACCUCUUCAGCGUGUGCGAGUUUACUCGAAACAGAAGGUCAAGAGGAGCAAGUGUGUGAAAAUCAAAGUCCACUUUCGAAUGUAACUCGACGAACCAUUUCGAAUCAUCCAACACUCACACCAAAGCACAGUGAACGUGCAUUCUUUCCCGAUACACAUCAAAGAUCCGAACGCAAUUCAGUUGGUCGCUUAGGUGAAAUUGUGCGCUGGUUCCGCGGAUCAAAGGAUGUAACGGCUGAUAUGGAGUCUGGUGUUUUUGGAUCAAAUUUGGCUGCGUCAAUUCUCCGUCAUGGAUCGUUUAAAAGUCGACGUAGCGAUGGAAUUGGUAGGUCAUUACAGCGGGUACGACGACGUGUCGAACGACGUUUGGGUAGAAUCGGUUUGGGAAAAGGGAAAAAAGUCGUUGGUGGAGUUGAAGAAGCAACCGGAAGCUGUUUCAGUCGAAGAUCAUCGUUUGAGUAUGGUGAAGGUUCAAAAGAAUCGGAAAUUGUGGUGCUGAAAGAGCGUCGAUUAAUUCCAACAAAACCAGUUUGCGAAGGAAUGCAACGAUUCAAUUUUUUGCUUGAAGUUUGUGUGCCUGGAACUGUUCCAGAUCCACAACUAAUUGGUGCAAUUAUGGACUUGCCAAAUGCUCCGAUAGUAACACGGGCUGCACUUCUAUUGGAAUGUGCUCAUUAUGUGCAGAAAGCGAACAAUAACCAGUGGGCAUCGUGGAUAAAACAGAAUUUAACAUCAUUUCGUCCAUCGGGUCCAAAUAUUAGUUCACGAAUUCCAUCUGCAUCUGGUGUGCGCCGAACACAUAUUCUACAACGUGCGGCUGGCAAAAUGUUUUAUCAAUGGGGCGAAGUGAUUGGCAUGCGUCUAGAAGAGAUGCUCAUAAAAGAGAAACAAAAUUACGAUAAACUUGAUGCCACGCUAAGUGAUGCAGACAAACAAAAUGAAUUGGUUCAACAAGACGAGGAAGAAGAUUUCUUGGACGAAGCAUCGGUUAAUCCAAAUGGGAACAGUUGUCCGCCGGCAUUGAGGUUGAUUGCAUGCCUUGUUUUAUAUGAAAUAACCGCAUUUUUACGUGAAACCUAUCAAACAUUGCCGAAAACAUCGAAAUUAUCAACCAAAGAAAAGCCAGCACCAUGGGAGAAAAUUUAUCGUGAAGCAAACCGUCGCUGGUCGAUGGCACUUAGCUCAAUGGGCCAUUCACAAACGUCCGCACAAAGCCUGCAAAGCAUCGCUGGCGGUGAUAAUGAACGUAAAAUCUCAUUUGUAUUACACGAACCAGACAAUGAAUCCGAAAAUAGUAGCAACACAACGGUUACAAUGCAAGGCGAAGAAACGAAUAAUGCAACACCAGUCGCAAGCAGUAUUCAACAAAGACGACCCUUAGCAAAUGUAAGACCAUUCUUAUUGCGACGUGGAACGCAAGCACAAGCUCCGGCUGGCGGCUCAUUCAAACGACGUUCGCUGAAAUUACGACGCGGAACGAAAGAAAGCAAAGACCUUGAGAGUGAUUUACGACGAACGGACUCAAUUCAAUCUCGGCGCAAAGUUUCAUCGAUAUCGGAUCGAAGUGAUACUUCGGAGCCCGGCAUUGCAAGCGGUGGAGAGGAGUCACCGGGAAUUUUGAGUGACGAACCACCACCUGAAUCACCGUGUGACUCGAAUGAAACUGAUGAAACGGGAAAAACAAUACCCUGGAUAAAAUCAACACUUAAAAUGAUGAAUUCAUUCCAUUAUUACUGUACGCAUCAGAAUUAUUGUCAUCCAUUUUGCUAUCGUCGUCACAUUCGCGCUUCAUCAAGACUUAUCAAAGCCGUUCGCAAAGUGUACGGUGAUCAAUUUGGCAUCGAAGAGCCACAACAAGAAUUUCUACCAGAUAGCACCAAACAUACAGGGCGUAAAGAUCGCCGAAAUCGAAAAGUUUCCGAUCAGAAUAAUUCACAAACCUCAUUGCGGCAUAAGGAGAAUCUUGCACAUGUCCUGGGUGUAAGCGAUAAAUCAUCGGAUAAAAAGCCUGAAGAAAAUUCUCUCGUAUUGAAAUACAUAAAAAAUCAUGUUCGCGAAUUGUUCCACAUCCCAAUGGCAAUCAUGAUAAAAAGUGCAGUUGUUUUGACUGAAGAUCUAUUUAUCGAAGUAAUACCAGCUGCAUGGGAGCUAUUAUUGGAAGAAAAUCCGGAAAUCUCAACAUCGGCCGCGGCUCUGUUCAUAAUUGCGUCGGUAAGAGCGCCAAAUUUUGCAUCGGAAAUAAUGCAACGCGCUCUGAAGCACAAAAACCCCGACAUUCGUAUUCGAGCCAUUUUACGUUAUCAAGUUUUAUGGAAAAGUCGUUUUCAAGUGUGGCCACGAAUGGAAGAGGGUGCUCAUGUUUCAUUCAAAGUACCACCGCCUGGAAUCGAAUUUACAUUACCAUCGCCAAAAAUUGGAAUCGAAAGUUUACCGGUCGUUGAUCCACCUUGGUGUCCUCGUUAUCAAAACAAAGACAUGGAAGUACAGUUGAAUCAAGAGCAACACCGUUCAUUUGUAACGGCAACAAAAACACGAAAGAAACAACAAACCGAAGCCAUUCAUUAUGCAAUUAAACAACAAGAAGAUAAACAACGAGCCGAACGUGAAAGUUUUCUUUUGACAACCAUUCCAAUUACACAACAAGCAUCCCAUGCGCCUGGUUUGGAUCACUCGGGCGAAGAUCAUAAUGAAGUCGAAGAUGAAGGUGAAAUGGGACGUGUACCGGCUCAUUUGCAUGCGGCUCACUCAUUAUUCCCAUCGGUGUUGUGCUCGUCGGUCAUGCAAAUUGUUGCCUGUUUAGACGAUGCGGCCGUAAACUCAGAAGGUGUGGCGGUUUAUGGCGUUGCCUAUCAAGUCAUUUGGGUUUGUUUGGUCGAAGAUUCAGCACUAUUUUUGCGAUAUGUUUUGGAGCGUUUGACACGCGAUCGACAAGAUCAAAUGUUUAAGCUAUUGCGCCAUUUAAUUCGAUUCGUUCCACGUCUACCACAACAAGCAGCAUUCGCACUAUACAAUUACAUCAUUGGAUAUGUCAUGUUCUACGUUCGAUCAUCACACGAAUCCAGUCAAGAGCUGGUCGGAGCUGCACUUUCAGUUUUAUGGAUGGUCGUUCACAGUGUUCAUGGAAUCAUGUUCAAAGACUUAAAACAAAUUCUACGAAAAGAACAAUGCGAUGCAUCAAUUUUAUUAACAGCCAACGUUCCAUCGGCAAAGAAGAUUGUCGUUCACGGACCCGAAGAUGAAGGUGGUAUUCCAUCUCAGUUUCCCGUUCAAGAAGAGACGCAAUUCCUUCAAUUGCUGCGUGAAUCCUUGGAUUUCUUUAGCAUUGACGAAAAGUUCCACAGUACACAUGUAUUGAUUGAUUACAAAACACAGAAAAUUUUGAAUCCCAACUGGUAUGUGCGCGAUUUGUAUUUCUUCAAACGUUCACAAUAUCCACAGUUGCGUUUAGUUGAGAUGCCAUCGCAAGAAGCAUUCAAUGCACUUCAGACGCAGGAAUUAGUAAAGAAAUUUGUCGAAAUCGGAAAAGUGCAUCUCAUUUGGGCCAUUUUGAAGAACGUGGAUAUGGUUGUGCAACGCGUUGUAUUUUUGCACGAAGAAUUAAUGAAAUUGCCAUUCUUUCCGCGAAAAGCGCUCGAGUCCGAUUUGGAUUUGUAUCAAGGCGGAGAGCUGGGAAAAGAAUUAUUGGGUUUGGAUGUUCUGCAUAAGUUUAUGUGGGUUCGUUUGAUUGCUCGUAUGUUUGAAGCGAUGUCCGGAAAUUUCGCAUAUUCCGGUGACAUUCAUUUGUUUUUAAAUGUUUUAUCUGGUGCUGCAAUUCUCCACUCUGAGGACGCGUGCAUAAUGCGAUACGUUAUGGCCACAUUCAUAAAUGCUGCCUUUAAUUUUAAAAAUGUCUUUUCCACAAACGGAUACUUUCUCAUUAUGCCCACUCUAUUACAAGUCUAUUCGUUUCAUCAAACCAACAAACUUGUAACCACGACCAUUGAAUAUGCUGUUAAACAAUUCUAUUUACUGAAUCGUAAACCAUUCAUCAUGCAAAUGUUCGGAGCCGUAUCGGCGAUUUUGGACACAGACGAAGAGGGUGUUUAUGGUGACGCGUCGAAAGUACAAUCGAGUUGCCUUUUCAAUCUUCUUUUGAGCUUGGAAACACCGUCGCCGGAUCCAUUGAAUAUUGCUGAAUUGAUAAAAGAGCCAACACCAUUAAAAGCAAUUGAUUUCUGCUAUCACGACGAAGACGAAAUGGUCACUGUUCUUGAUUGCAUUACACUCUGUGUUAUGGUUGUUUCAUAUUCUGCCGAAAAUACACGUGGAUAUCAAAUGCUUAUAAUUUUGGAAGCAAUUCUCCCAUGUUAUAUGCAGCAGAUUCAAUCACCGUCCUAUAUCCAAUCGGAAAGUAAAACUGAACGUGAAAUUAUUCUUCAAUUGGCCGUAGCCGUUCGUACUAUGGUUCACAACAGCGAAGGAUUGGCAAAGAGCUAUAAUGGACCAUACCGAAAUAGUCCGGAGCACAAAGGAUCGAGCCAGAGAAACUGCAGCAGAGGACCACCGGUAUCACCGGGCUUAGACUUUGAAGAUGAAUCACAUUCAAAAUAUGUCAGCGAUGUUGGCAGAAAUAAAAACUAUGAGACACCCGAAGACUCAGAAGCGAUUCGCACGAAUUUUCGGCGAGCAAGAGAUGUAUUGUUGUCAGUUGUUGGAGAAUUUAUUAGCAGAUCAUCGACACGCCUAACUGAAUUGGCGAAAAAGCAAUCGAUGACCGAUACCAAAAAUGUCGAAUUACUUGAUGUAAAAUGCCACAUUCGUCUAGCCGAUAUUGCUCAUUCAUUGCUGAAAGUGUCGCCAUACGAUCCGGAUACAAUGGCUUGCAGAGGUUUACAGAGAUAUAUGCUAUUCAUUUUGCCUCGAGCCGAAUGGGCAAAUGAUGCAUUGAAAGCUGCACUGGUACAAAUUCUACGGCGUUUGGAUAAAGUGUUUUUGAAAAUUUCGAAGAAACCAUCAAUUCGGCGAAAUACGGAUUGGGAAGCGGCUGCUGGCCUCUUAAAAGGAAUUCAUGAGACAAUAGUUCGUCAUCCGUACGUUUUACACUGGCAACAAAUAAAAACCCUAUUUAGUACGGUGCAAAAUUUGAUUGUAAAUGAGCCGGGUUCAGCGGCCGAAGGUGUGUCCAGUGGUGCUGGAAAUGCAGUUGUAACACAAAAUCCUCCACCCUUCUUUUGUUCGACGGUUGUUCGUUUGAUUGCAUUACAAUUGAUAAGCCCGGUGCAAGUGCAUUCAUUGGAGCAUGUAUGCGGUGGUAACUCGGAAUUUGCGACACAAGAGAAAGCUGAAGGAUUUUUACUUCAUCUGUUGAUGCCAUUGUGCUUAAAAGUAUGCAGCGGUCGUGGUGUGUCCGAUGUUGGUUUACUUCGUCAAACUGAUAUAUCAUUUUUGGUGGCGGCCACAUUGAAUGCAAUGAGCCCACUUGCCGGUAGGACAGGACAAGUUGGUACGGCAGUUAACAGAACAGUUGGUGAUCUAAGAGCUGGUUCAUUAACCUUUACAGGUAGCCGAGAUGCCAAACGACCAGCACGAAUCAGUGGAAGCCUAUACCAAGCCGGUUUUCUAUCACUCCGCAUUCUUUGCAUAUGUUUCGAACAACGAUUGGGUCAAGAAUGGCCGCGAAUUGUGCGCGUUAUGCGCGAUUUAGGCAGACGAAAUGAAGCCGCUCCAGAAUUAUGGAGCUUCUUAGAAUUUGUUGUAACCCAUCGAACACCUUUGUAUAUUUGUUUAAUGCCAUUCAUUUUGCACAAGAUUUCCCAGCCGCCAAUCGGCGAUCAUGAACGUCACAUGCAACAUUUGAUUCGUGAACGAAUGAAAGGAACACCCGAGCCGAAUAUGAUAAAAUCACGCGGAGCCUUGCUCCUUGAAUUGGCACGUGAGCUGCGCGAAUUAAAAGAAGAAUUAGAAGAACGAAGAUAUGAAAAAGAGCCCGAACCAUCAAAACGUGAAGUAUCACAAAUUCCACCGCCAUCUGAACCACCGAAGCAUCAACAACGGCCCUCGUUAAUUUCAUUGUUUACCGGUGGCCAACAUUCCACAUCGCAUUUAUCAUCCCUAUAUCACAUCGAUUCACGACCCGUAGCCGCACUUUGCACACAAUUAACGCAACACACCCUUCAUCCACCACGGAAUGAAUCAUUAUCGAGUAGUUCAACGGUAACGAAAGAAGCCAUUAGCGAAGGUUCAAUAACCAUAAACCCGAACAAUGCAGGAAAUGGAUCGUCAACGGUACUAGGUGGUUCAUCCGUUGGUAGCAUAUCGGAAGCGACAACAGUUCCUCAUCUAACGCAUUCAAUGUCGUUGCAACAGCAAAAUUCAUGGAAAAUGCAACCGCCACGAUUGCGUUUUGUUUCGUCGGUUGAAUUUAAGCAUUCGUCUGGUGAAACGUCGACAACGCCCUUAGAAAGUCCGACCGAAUAUAGUUCAGGUGAAAAUAAUAAACCAUCACGAUUGCAACGUUCCAAAGCAAGCAGCCGUAAAACGUUUCGCAGUCGACGCGGAAGACAACCACCAUCAUCAUCACAAGUUGGCCAAGAGAAUCAAUCAUCGGAUCAAUCCGAAAUGCAACCGCCAAAACCAACUGCCAUAGCCGCUGAUUUGUCAUGGGAUUCAGUGUCACAAACAUCAUCGACGUCUGGCUAUCGUGAUAACAAUAGUCUUCAAACCGGCCUACUUUCACCAGACAGCUCAUUAACCUACGGUAUUCCACAAAAUAUGACA